UAUCUGUUAAAUUUAACCCGUAGCUGUUUUUGAAGAGAAAAGGAGAGGGGGAAAGGUUCAGAGGGAGCAAAAUCACUUCAGAAAGAGAAGGAGGGAAAAGACUGCCACGGGUUAACUCAUCAGUCAGCUGAGACACUAGUGUUCUCAGAAACAAGAUGGUCACCGUUUACAACAACGAGACCAAUCAAACCAAUUCCAGUGCCUACUACUGUCGUUUUGAUGACAGUUUUAAAUACAUCCUCCUCCCCGUCAGCUACACCCUGGUCUUUGUGAUCGGCCUGGCGCUGAAUGCCACUGCGUUGUAUGUGAUUGUGUUCCGCACCAAGCGCUGGAAGCCCUCAACUAUUUAUAUGUUCAACCUGACAGUGUGUGACACCCUGUACAUCUUCACACUGCCAUUCCUCAUCUUCUACUACGCCGAUAAGAACGACUGGCCGUUCAGCGAACCGUUCUGCAAGUUCAUACGCUUCCUGUUUUAUGCCAAUUUAUACGGUUCUAUUCUGUUCCUGUCCUGCAUCAGCCUGCACCGGUUUGUUGGGAUCUGCUAUCCGGUCCGCUCCCUCAGCUGGGUCAGCGUCCGUCAGGCCAGGCUGGUGUCUGUGGUCGUGUGGACCUGUGUGUUAUUCUGCCAGGCUCCUGUUCUCUACUUUUCAAGAACUAGGGAUGUGAACAGUGUACGAAUCUGCCACGACACCACCAUCCCCGAGCUUUUUGAUGACUUCUUGAUAUACAGCUCAGUCGUAUCAGUGCUCAUGUUUGCCUUGCCCUUCGUGGUUUUGAUGGUGUGCUACAGCCUGAUGGUGAGAAAGCUUCUAGAGCCUGGCUGGGGGUUUGAAGGGAGAACUGAAGAGGAAAGAGGAGGCCUAACAGCCCAGCGGUUCAAACAGAAGUCAGUAAAGAUGAUCAUCAUCGUGCUGGCAGCGUUCAUGCUGUGUUUCCUCCCUUUCCACCUCACCAGGAGUCUUCACUACAUUUUUAGAUACCUGAGGCAGGUCAACCCAGCACAGAUUAGCUGUAAUUUGUUGAAUUCCUCCAAUGUGGCCUACAAGAUUACACGACCUUUGGCCAGUGCCAACAGCUGUGUGGACCCCAUCCUUUACUUCCUGGCUGGGCAGGAUGCCCGCAGCAAUUUCCCUAAGAGGUGCAAAUUGCAGUCACCAAAAGCAAAGACUGGGAGCCAAAACUUGACAACAAAACUCUAAUACCUGAAACUUUGCCGGUGCAAAUGCUAAAUGCUUUGAAGUUGAGCAAUGAAAUGUAGUCAUAAACACUUGAGAGGAAGGAUGUUUUUUUGGUUCAUGAAGACGUUUUACCUUUUAUCCAAGAAGCUUCUUCAUGUGGGGAGUCCCAGGUAUUUGUUUAACCCCUAGUGGAGUUGUUCUUGAUGACUGAAGAUUGCAAACUUAGCACAAAAAGUAAGGAAAUUUGUG